UGAAGUGAGAGAGUGACAUAGCAGGUGCGAGAACCCCAAACUGUCAUACACAUGCACAAAGGGUGAGAAAGAGGGUGGAGAAUGAAAUCAUUCAUAGAUGUACACGAGAGAGUGAGGAAGCAGAAAGAGUGAUUGUGAGAUACUGAAACGCGAGCACAGAGGGACGAUACAAGAGAGACAGUGAGGAGGGAGAGGAAGACAAAUUGGAGUUAGAGGUGAAUAAAGAGGGACCAUGCUGAGGAGGAAGAGGAGCGUAUCCUUCGGUGGAUUUGGAUGGGUUGACAAGUCUACCAUUAGUGCCCUUCGAGCUCGGAAGCAGGAGUUGCUGACCAUCUCCAAUGUGCCCCUGUCAGACUGCCCUCCCUCUCCCCCCAGAACCGCCCCACCCACCAUGAAGUCUACUCAGUUUUUUGAUAUGCUGGACAAGAUGGAGCAGGUUUCUGAGGUGGAGGAAAUGAGGCCACAAAUAUUAAAGGAUGGUUACAUUCCAUACCCACGUAUAGAGGAGGUGUUACAGCAGGGUGAGCCAUACCCUCAGGUCAUCCUGCCUCAGUUUGGGGGUUACUGGAUAGAAGAUCCUGAAGCCCCUGCUGCCAUCCCAAACUGGGAGAAUGGCUUCUGUGAUGAGGAAAAUGGAGAAGGAAGCAAUUCAGGACAGUUUGGCUACAGACUGGAGAGUAACUAUGCCAUUCGCGCAUACCGCAAGCACUUUCUGGGCAGGGAACAUCUGAACUUCUACUGCACGGCCAGUAACCAUGGCAACCUCGUACUGUCCCUCAGACACGAGGAGGUGAAGCAGCAGGAGUACCUGAACAUCAUUCUCAGGACUCCAUCAAAGACAGUCUAUGACAAGAUCUCUUUGGCAGGCUUGACUGAGCUCCCCAGUGUCCCUCAGUUAGCAAAGAUACUAUGUGAAGACAUUGUAGGUCUGAAAUUUAGUCCUGUGCUGUAUCCAAAGGGCUCUCAAUUAAUAGUGAAUUAUGACGAGCAUGAGUUGAACAACACAUUUAAGUUUGGCGUCAUCUACCAAAGGUUUGGGCAGACCUCGGAGGAGGAGUUGUUUGGGAACAGUGAAGAAACUCCAGCAUUUACAGAGUUCCUCCGAGUUCUGGGAGACUGUGUAGAGCUGCAGGAUUUUAAAGGAUUUCGAGGUGGUUUGGACGUAUCUCACGGUCAGACAGGGUCUCAGUCAGUCUACACUGUGUUCAGAGGACAGGAACUCAUGUUUCACGUCUCCACCAAACUCCCCUAUACUGAGGGAGACACACAGCAGGUCCAAAGGAAGCGCCACAUUGGGAAUGAUAUUGUGGCUGCAGUUUUUCAAGAGGAGGCCACACCUUUUGUGCCUGACAUAAUCGCUUCCAAUUUCCUCCAUGCCUACAUUCUAGUUCAAGUGGAAAACCCAGGAACAGAUGACACCACAUACAAGGUGUCUGUCACAGCACGUGAAGAUGUGCCACAGUUCGGCCCUCCGCUUCCCAGUCCACCCAUCUUCAAAAAGGGUCCAGAAUUCAGAGAGUUUCUGCUGACCAAGCUCAUCAAUGCAGAGCUGGCAUGCUACAGGUCAAGCCGAUUUGCCAAGCUUGAGGAGAGAACACGAACAGAACUGCUAGAUAACCUUCAUAAUGAGUUACACAAGUGCACACAGGCAAUGCUGGGCCAUCCCCUCAGUGCAGAUGAAGAGAGGAUGGAGAACGGAGGACAUGGAGGAAUACUGGAGUCUAUUAAGCGGGCGAUGCGCAUGCGCAGUCACUCUAUGGAGGCGAUGGUGGGCUCCCAGAAACACGGCCGCUGCUCUCCAGGCGGAGGAGGCGUACCCACCAGCCUGAGCGGAGUCGGUCUGACACACAGCAACACUGAGGCUGCCAAGAACUCUUCUCCAGUGACAUCGAGCGCCAAGUCUCCUCUGAAGAGCCCGGUGAAGAGAUGCUCAGGGCUGUUCCCACGGCUACACACCAGUAUGGACGGACAGCCAGAGCGCCACACACGCAGUGUCCUAUAUGAUCAAAGAAGUCUAGAUAAUGGUCAUCUGUCACAGGAAGUGAGAUCAGAGACGUCGUCCAAUCCUAGCUCUCCAGAGAUCCUGAGCAAUGAGAGGCCAUCUCUCAAGCUGAAGGAGGUCAGUGGAAGACCAGAUAUCUCUCGAUCCUCCUCCAGCACCAGCAGCUUCAGCAGUGCUGCAGGAGACCCAGAGACUCUGGAGGAGAAAGAACCUAGCAGCCUCCAGAUUUCUCCUAGUCUCUCACCAGUCUUUGGCUCUCUGAGCACAGAGGGGCAGGGCGCAGGAACGCCAGUGAUCAUGUGCCGCAGUCCAACAGAUUUUAGGAAUAAGACCUCACCCAGAUCCAAUCUGAAGUUCCACUUUGACAGAUUGAGCCAAUCCACUGCUGGACAUUAGCAAAGAGAACGUCAAAGAUGACCAGAACCAUUAAAAGCAAUGGAUCAGCACUGAAGAUCAAACACUGUCAGGACUUGAGAAGGAGAGAAUUUAAGGAGGGACCCAUCACUCAAGCCUAUGCUCCCAAUCUGAACAUCACAGCAAUAAGCACACACGCGUAAGCACACAGUUAGCAUCUCCUCUAGUUUCUGCAGGUGGUCAACUGGUACUGACUUGGCACAUUUAUUGAUUUUGCACAUUUUGAAGUCUUUCACAGUAAACAUAAAGAAAUAAAAUAAAUAAUCCAAUAUUUUAUGAGUUAAUAAAAUACAAACUUGGAUUAGCAGGUCAGUAAUA